UCAAGAAAGCAAAACAGCCAUUUUUAAGCGACUUUACGAAUUAUCACUUGGUCUUCUAGCAGUGGUUUUUAAUGAAAAAAAAUAUAUAUAUUACAAGUCAUUCUGGAUAGAAAGCUGCAUAAGCCUUAAGAUUUUAGAACAUGAACAGAUAAAUUCAUCGCAUUACACAUGCAGCCUGGUUGCUUCGAGUGUUUUAACACGUUGUGCAUGGGUUUGAAGAAGUCAAAACCUCGUCGUUUCCAAGAAUACGACGGUGUGUCGUCGAGUGGGGUGGAAAGCAAAACAGUUCAGUCAGUAGUAGAGUUUGAGUCAAUUCACAGGGAUGCUGUCACUUGUAUCAAUGCUUACGCUCCAGGGACUUGUCUUACCGGGGGUAAAGAUAACUUAGUUGUUUUGUUCAACUGGAAACAAGGUGUUACACUUUGUCAAUGGUCUGGUCACUCAAGAGAUGUUACCAAAGUAAAAUAUGUAGGGGAAACUAUUUACAGUUCCUCAAGAGACAAAACAAUUAAGGUGUGGCAGACCAGUAAAGCAGGAAAUGAACCCAUUUUAACAUUUGAGGGUCACAGACUGGUGGUGACUGCUAUUGAUCUUAAUGAAGAUGGAACUUUGCUAUUCUCUGGGUCAAGAGACAACUGUGUAAGACUGUGGGAUACUACAAAGAACACAAGUAUCAGUGAAAAAGAAGUAUCCAGAAAUCUGGUGAGUUGUGUGAAAUGGAUACCUGGAACACAGGCUCAAGUUGCUCAAACCGGAGAAGACAAAAUGGUGAGGAUUUGGGAUACAAGAAACAUGCAACCUUCAUUUACAUUUCCUGCUCAGCAGUACUUCCAGACAUGCUGUGAUUGUUCAAGAGAUGGGCAGUUUAUUUUGACAUGUAGUAAUGGUUUCAAUGGAAAAGGCUGUGAAGCUACGCUUUGGGAUGUAAGGGCAAAGGGAAUGGUCUGUAGAUACUUCGGCCAUCAGCAGACUACAUCAGCAUGUAUUUUUCUUCCUCAUCUGGAACAUGUUUCGUCAAAAUAUUUAAUUGCUACUGCCUCACAUGAUUCCACAGUGAAAAUUUGGGAGAAAGAUAGCACAGAAUGCCUUGCAACUCUUGAUUUUUCUGGAGCUGGUCCACUGACUGAUCUCUGUGCAUGGGAUGAUGGAAGUUUAUGUGUUUCUACAACAAACAUGGGUGUGUACCAGUGUGUCUUGGAGUCUCGUGAAGGCAAACCUGAGCUCAUCAAGAAACGCCAGUUUUAGCUAGGCUUCUAAAGCUUUCUAUAAUUAUAUUUUUUAUUCAAGAGACAAAAAGGAGUAAAGUGGGAAUUUUCAAUCCAGAUCUCUUUUAUUUGUUUAGUUUCCUUUUAUUUGUCAUUUAGGUUUUUCAACACAGUGUACAUAAAAAUACAAAUUGCUUCUGUCAAUAAAAUGCUUAAGUUACGUUUCUCUUA